CCCAUCUCAAAUGGCCAGCAGUAGCAGGCGGUCAGUGUUGAAAACGCAACGCACGUCACAUUUCUCCACAACCUCCCGCGAGCUUCUCACUUUCAGUUUGCGCUUUGCAACUUCGAGGUUGUCUCUGCGUUUCCGCUGGUGUCAUGUGAAGAUAAUGAUGCUUUAAUGUAACUAGUUCUCGAUGUUUGUCCUGAUCUUCAUCUCGAGACGAGAGUUUUGGUGGGUUUAUCGCUGCGCGUGCUGUUUGGAGAUGCAGAAAACAUCACCUAUGUCACUGUCACUGAGUGAUUGACCUACGGAAACACUCUCAUGUCUACACUUACAGCCAUAAACUAAUGAGUAACUUAAGGAGGGCCAAUCAUUGGAGAUCUUUAAAAAAUUGAUGUUAUUGGACAGAGCAAAGAAGAUUAGUCAUUGUGCGACCUUGAGAGAUGGAGUUGACCAUUUCAUUCUGCUGACCUACCAGAGACCUCUCCAAGGUGAUCAUUUCACAAGGAUUAAUGGCAUGUUCUCUUGUGGUCAUGUCUUUGACCUCUGAGCCCUCCGAGAGGUUAAAACACUAGCCAUGAAAUGUGGUAGAGACAUGUGACAUGUCAGGCCCACCAUGCUAGACCAGAGUGGGCUACAGUGUUACUCUCCCUAUUCAAUACAUGAAAGCAAAACGGAGACCUUUUGACUUUUCAGUCUCAUUUUUAAACAUGGCUUGAGUUUGGACCGUAGAAACUUUUUUCAAUGAUUAUAUAAGUCUCAGAGGAAGCGAAGAGACCAUGUGUAACAUCUCAACCUCGUGCAAUGUUGCCUCGAACAUAGACCAGUUCUUUCAGCCGGCGCUGUAUAUUAUAGUCAUCGUCCUUGGCUUCCCCACUAACUGCAUGGCCCUGUGGGCCGCGUAUAUGCAAGUCAGGCAGAAGAACGAGCUGGGGAUCUACUUGAUGAACCUCUCGGUGGCUGACCUCCUGUAUAUUGCUACUUUGCCACUUUGGAUCGACUAUUUCGUUCACCAUGACAACUGGAUCCACGGGCAAGAGUCCUGCAAGCUAUUCGGUUUCAUCUUCUACACCAACAUCUACGUCAGCAUCGCCUUCCUCUGCUGCAUAUCUGUAGAUCGUUACUUGGCGGUGGCUCAUCCCUUGAAAUUCGCUAAAGUGCGCAGGGUCAAAACAGCCUUACUGGUCAGCGCGGUUGUAUGGAUAACCGAAAUAGUGGCUAACUCUGCACCUCUCUUCCACGACGAACUCUUCAAGGAUCGAUUCAACCACACCUUCUGCUUCGAGAAGUAUCCCAUGCAGGACUGGGUGGCUGGGAUGAACCUUUACCGCAUUUUUCUCGGCUUCUUGGUGCCUUGGGGUGUGAUGCUGGCAGCGUACAGAGGCAUCCUGAGAGCCGUGCGGGGUAACGUCUCCACUGAGCGGCAGGAGAAGGCCAAAAUCAAGAGGCUGGCCCUCAGUUUGAUCCUCAUUGUCCUCCUCUGCUUCGCUCCCUACCACGUCCUCUUGUUGUGGCGCAGCGUGCUCUUCCUCAGCAACCCCUGCGACUGUGGCGCCGAGGAGAACUUGUUUGGUGCUUAUCACGUGACUCUGGCGCUCACCAGCCUCAACUGCGUGGCGGACCCAAUCCUCUACUGCUUUGUCAACGAAGGGGCCCGUCAUGACGUGGGCCGGGCCCUGUCCACCCUCUUGGGUCUCUUCCAGCGAGGCCAAAGCCCAGAGGCGCUUAUGGGGGCAUCCAUCACAGUAGAGACGCCCCUGGCCAUGAAGAAGCCUGAUUUCUACAGUGAAGUCAAAACCAAUGCCUAUAAAACUGACAUUGAAGUACUCAAAGACGAGUGCCUUCAAAUGACAAUUCUCAGUGUUAAAAAGUAAAGUUAUAUGUCAAUGUCAAUAGCAAAAUAUUAAACCAAGUGCAAUUUUGAAGCCCAAAGAAUACUUCAGUUUUGACAUGAACGCAUAGUGUAUGUGUACAGCAUGUGAAACACUACACAUGUGCACUAGAAAGUUUCAUCUUUGUCCAGUGUCUAAGCUAU